AGUAAUCACACCUAAGGUUCCGGGGCCUAACGGGCUUCCCGCUUUCUCCCUCGGCUUUCGCUGGCCGGUGAGGCCCUGUGGGAGGGGUGUGAGGCGCGGCGGUCGUGAGGCGACCGGCUCGUUCCGGGGCGGCCCGCUCCGUGGGAGAAACAGCAGACACAGAAUGGAGAAAAAUAUGAAACUCACUACUAUGGAAGAUACAGUGGAAUACCGCUUAUUCCUUCUGCCAGAUGAAGCCAGAAGCCCAGGGGACCACAAAGAGAUUCUUCAGAAGUAUAUUGAGAGAAUAAUGACCCAGUUUGCACCUAUGCUGGCCCCUUAUAUCUGGCAGAAUCAGCCUUUCCAUCUCAAAUAUAAACCUGGAAAAGGAAGUGUUCCUGCUCAUAUGUAUGGCAUAACCAAGUUUGGGGAUAGCAUUGAGGAUGAAUGGUUUAUUGUCUAUAUAGUGAAACGGAUUACAAAGGAAUUUCCAGAAUUAGUAGCAAGGAUUGUAGACAAUGAUGGUGAGUUCUUGUUAAUAGAAGCUGCUGACUAUCUCCCUAAAUGGUUGGAACCUGAAAAUAGUGCCAACAGGGUGUUUUUCCAUCGUGGGGAGUUGUGCCUUAUUCCUGUACCUAGGCGAUCUAGAGCAGAAUCCUGGUUACCCACCACAUGCCCAACAAUCCUACAGGCACUGAGUAUCCUCUCAGAACAUGCAGAAGAUGUUCUGGCCUUGGAAUCCAUACGUGCUGCUGUGAACAAGCGCAUCCAAGGGUACCCAGAGAAAAUUGAAGCCUCCCUUCAUCGAGCACACUGCUUCUUGCCAGCUGGUGCUGUAAUGGUGCUAAAGCAGCAGCCCCGACUGGUGGCAGCGGCAGUUCAGGCCUUUUACCUGCGUGACCUCAUUGACCUGAGGGCCUGCCGGGUGUUCAGAACGUUCUUGCCUGAAACACGAGUCAUGACAUCGGUCACUUUCACCAAGUGUCUGUAUGCACAGCUGGUGCAGCAGAAGUUUGUGCCAGACCGGCGGAGUGGAUACACGCUGCCUCCUCCAUCUCACCCCAAAUACCGUGCCUAUGAACUUGGCAUGAAGCUGGCUCAUGGAUUUGAGAUCUUAUGCUCUAAAUGCAUGCCACAUUUUUCUAACUCCAGGAAGUCACUUACGACAACCUCACCACUCUGGGCCAGCUUCCUUGAAAGUCUGAAAAAUAAUGACUACUUUAAGGGACUGGUAGAAGGCUCGGCUCAGUACCAGGAAAGGCUUGAAAUGGCAAAGAACUACUUCCAACUUUCAGUAGACCGGCCAGAAAGUUUACUUGCUAUGAGCCCAGGUGAAGAAAUCUUAACCAUGUUACAGACAAUGCCAUUUAAUAUAGAAGAACUUAAGAAAGAAGAAGCUAAUCUUCCCCCUGAGGAUGAUGAUCAGUGGUUAGAUCUCUCACCAGAGCAGCUGGACCAGCUGUUAAAAGAAGCUGCUGGCAAAAAUGAAUCAGAGCCCAUUUCUAAGAAAGAGGAAGAGCAGAUCUAUGACUUAACUGAAAUCUCGGAGAGCAUGAAAGCUUUUGUAUCCAAAGUUUCAACCCACAAGGGAGCAGAGCUGCCUCGAGAACCUUCUGAGGCCCCUAUCACUUUUGAUGCAGAUUCUUUUCUUAAUUAUUUUGAUAAGAUUUUGGGUGAGUUACAAUGUGAUGUUUACUCUCAUUUUGAAAUGUUGAGUAAAGCAGUUACUAGAGCUCUGCAGCAUUAA